AUGUCGACCUCCAGCAUGCGCCCACCCAUGGCACGACCCGGCGCCAGUAGAGCACGAACCGCGACGCCGACACUCAUGAAUGGAAGAACAUCGCCUACAGACAGCAUUGCCUCGUCGAAACCGCGCACACCGAAGCGCAAGCUGGCAGCAAAUAUAGAAGAUGCGGCAGAAGAGACCAACAUCAACGUUGUCGUGCGAUGUCGAGGUCGCAACGAUCGCGAAGUGCGCGAGAACAGCGGUGUUGUGGUAUCAACAGAGGGCGUCAAGGGCAAGAAGGUCGAGCUAUCGAUGGGUCCUAGCGCGCUUAGCAACAAGACAUACCAGUUCGACAAGGUCUUCUCGCCUGCCGCAGACCAAGGAAUGGUAUUUGACGAGGUCGUGGCGCCAAUUCUGGACGAAGUCCUUGCCGGCUUCAAUUGUACCAUCUUCGCAUACGGACAGACUGGAACUGGCAAGACAUACACCAUGUCUGGAGACAUCACGGAUAUGCUUCCGAUACCAGACGCAGCUGGCAUAAUCCCACGAGCGCUUCAAUCCUUAUUCGCCAGGUUGAAUGAAGAUGAUGUGGAGAAGUGCGAGCACAGCGUGAAGUGCUCCUUCAUUGAGCUAUACAACGAAGAACUACGGGAUCUACUCUCUAGGGACGACACGACCAAGCUCAAGAUCUUUGACGAAGCCAACAAGACUGGACGAUCUACCACUCUUGUACAAGGUAUGGAGGAGAGCCAUAUCAAGAGUGCGGCCAAGGGCAUACAGCUGUUGAGGGAAGGUAGUCACAAGAGGCAGGUGGCGGCUACAAAGUGCAACGAUCUGUCGUCGAGAUCACACACAGUCUUCACGGUUACUGUCUACACAAAGCGCACGUCAGAGACAGGCGAGGACUUUGUGUCUGCUGGCAAGCUCAAUUUGGUGGAUCUAGCUGGCUCUGAGAAUAUCCAGCGAUCUGGAGCUGAGAACAAGCGUGCUGCUGAGGCUGGCCUGAUCAACAAGUCGCUUCUCACUCUUGGACGUGUCAUUAAUGCACUAGUGGACAAGAGCAGCCAUAUCCCAUACCGAGAGUCGAAGCUUACGCGCCUCUUGCAAGACUCGCUCGGCGGAAAGACGAAGACUUGCAUCAUUGCGACUCUUUCGCCGGCGAAAAGCAAUCUCGAGGAGACAAUCAGCACUCUGGACUACGCCUUCCGCGCGAAGAACAUUCGCAAUAAGCCACAAGUCAAUCAGAUGGUGUCGAAGAAGACGCUACUUCGAGAGUUCACUGCAGAAAUCGAGAAGCUCAAGUCAGAGCUCAUCGCCACACGUCAAAGAAAUGGCGUUUAUCUCACCAGCGAGUCCUACGAAGAAAUCACGACCGAAUCUGAGAGUCGCAGGAUCCUCGCCGAAGAACAAAAGGACAGGAUUGAGACAAUGGAGGCGAACCUGCGCAACAAGGUGCAGGAGCUCUUUGCUCUCACGACGAACUUCCAAAGCCUCAAGCGCGACAACGAGCAGACUCGGAUGAUGCUUGAUGGCACGAAAAGUGUACUGGACAAGACUGAGAUUGUGCUGUCGCACACGAAGCAGAAUCUUUCCGAGGAGACCGGGCUGAGGAGAGCACAUGAGCAGACCGAGGAGCAGCUUGCAGCUGUUGGACAAGGUCUUUUGGGUACGCUUGGAACCACUACAGACCACAUCGAUCGCCUACACUCGAAGUUGAGGCGUCGCUCGGAGCUGCAGUCUGACAACCGGACGAGGUGGGCAGAUUCCCAAUCGCAUGUUGCAGAGGCCACCGCUGCUGUCGAGGAUCGAAUCGAGAGCUUGCGAGGUCAACAGGAGGUCCUCAUGGGCUCUCUGACCAGCCGAAUGCAGAUCUUUGUAGCAGAUGAACUCCGCGAGCUACAGACGUCGCAAUCUUUCUUGAGUGGACAAGCCUCAGCAUUCGAGAAGUCGCAGGCUGAAGUGAACGGGCAGACUGGUGCAGCUCGUGAUGAGAUGAACCAUGUGCUAGAGGAGAUCAGUACACUGCGAGAGGAUAUCAAGCAGAAAGUUGGAGCUGGCCUGAACGACUUGUCUGGAGCCGCGCAACGGAUCAGUGCAGGGAUCGCCACGGAGCUGGAUGUCUUUCACAGCCAACUCCAUGACUCGUAUGUGUCACUUGGAAAGGAGUUCAAGAGCAUAUUCGACGGGUUGAUCAAGCGUAUGAAUGAGCAGCAGGCAGAAGCUGAGCGCCUUCGACAGCAGAUCUCACUGGCGAAUACCAGCUUCCUUGAAGCCGGUCAAGCAUCGCAGCACGAGCUUGAACGGGCCGUCCAGGAGGAGCGCUCCACUGCUGCUUCGGAUCGCGCAACACUACUGGAAAAGAUCACACGCCUGGUCAACGUAUCGGCGGCUCAACAGGAUGCGCGCUUGUCAAGCCAUCUCAACAACGCCAAUAAGCGCAUCAAGACCUCGGAAGAGGCUUACACUGUUGCACAGCAAGCCUAUGGUGAUGGCAUGCAAUCCUGGAACACCAACAGUCAAUCACUUAUUAGCUUUUCGACACAAUCGCGUGACGCUAUCAAGGCGAAACUGAAGGGCGAUUGGAGCAAAGCAAACGACCAGACUUCCCGCUUGCAGGAGACCACGAAAGCGGUGCAUGGCGAGACCGUGCGCAUUGUCGAUGGCCAGAUGGUCCAGAUGGACAGUCAGCUCGUGGCACUCGACGACAUCCUUGCCAGAGUGCGAGCACAGAAUGUGGAGCAUCAUGUAGCUCACACUCAGACGCUGGAUCGUCUUGCCAGCGGAGUCCAGAAGAGCUACGGCAGUGUUGGUCGCCAUUUCGAGACCUCCUACGACCGUAUUAAGGCUUUGGACACGGACAUGAUACAACGUGCUGGUGAGCUCGGCAGCACGCUCACAGACCUGACAUCAGAGGGCGAUGUGCGUCAAGCGCUCGACCUACUGCGUACAGAGACUUCAGCUGCUCAGAUCACCGAGUACUCUGUGACUGGCGAGACUCCGCUCAAGACCCAGUAUACCUACCCAACAGCACUGCCACGAACAGAAGCCCAUCAGACCUUGCUCAACCGGAUGCGAGGCAUACCUGAAGCACCCUCGUCACCGAUGAAGUCGCCAAACAAGCGCUCGCCGUCCAAAAUGCCACGGAGCAGCCCAACCAAAACCUCCUCCAGUCCAAGCAAAACAACAAUCUUCACCGACAAACCACCGACCCUCCACCUCCCAACCCACCAACAACCCGCCUCAGCACCAACAAGCCGUCCAGCAACCGCAAGUUCGGACCCCAAGCUCCGCGAACUAGACUCUAAUGCCGCGCUCUCAGGGCUCGCCUCUAUGCCAGGAAUUCCCAUCGCUCUCGCUCUCGCCCUUGGCCCAGAAGGUCUUGAAAGCAAGGUGACUGUCCCUUCCCUGAAGAGACAGAACACUAAUCCGUUGGAACGCGUGCAGAGCGAUGGGAGCAAGUUGCCCAUGAAACGGAGUAUGCGGAUGACUGUUGCUGGGACGGCGGAGGGGAGGGAGAAUUUGGUACCUGGUGCUGGUAAUUUUGGUGCUAGUGUUGGACCUGGUGGGCGGAGGCUGAGGAGUCGGGGGAGUGAUUGA